AUGGUUCAGUUCUCCGAGGAAACCAAGGAGCGUAUCUCCAAGGUCAUCGACGUCUCCAGAGUUGCUAUUCACUAUGGGUAUCUACCUUUGAUUGUUUAUCUGGGAUAUACUUACAGUGAACCCCGGCCAUCUUUGUUCAAGUACGCGCGAUUACACCUGGUCGGCGCCUCCCAAUGA